AUUGAUUGGUAUCCUUCAACUGCUGUCAGAACCUUGUUUUGUUUCGUGUAGUAGACAGUUCUUUAAGUCAACUUGAUUGGUGGCGUUUCUCUCCAUCUGGGAUUAUUAGUUCACCGGAACCCGGUUUAGGUGUUGAAUUUGUUUAAACCGGUUUGAUUUCUCCCGCACUAAAUAAAUCAAUCAACAGUGGUGGUGGUGGCCUUUGUCAGAUUCUUUUGCUGAAGAGCAGGAAUGAUGGUGGAGGUAUCACUAUCAACAGGAGGAAGAAAUCAUUUGGCUUUUGUGUUGCUCCUGGUUCUUGUCGUUGAUGCUCCUGUCUUCGCUGAGGAGAUGAUGUCUCGGAGCUUUUAUAUAAAAGAUGACAUGUUCUGGAAAGAUGAGAGUCCUUUCCAGAUCAUUGGUGGUGAUUUUCACUACUUCCGAGUUCUUCCUCAGUACUGGGAAGAUAGGCUUCUAAGAGCAAAGGCUUUAGGUUUGAAUACUAUACAAACAUAUGUUCCUUGGAAUCUGCACGAACCAAAGCCUGGGAAGAUGGUCUUUGAUGGUAUUGCUGAUGUUGUCUCCUUUAUCAAGCUGUGUCAGAAACUAGAUUUGCUUGUUAUGCUGCGUGCUGGACCUUAUAUCUGUGGAGAAUGGGAUUUGGGCGGUUUUCCUGCUUGGUUACUUGCUGUGAAACCACCUCUUAAACUAAGGACAGCGGAUCCUGCAUACCUUAAGCUGGUUGAAAGAUGGUGGAAUGUUCUAUUGCCAAAGGUAUUUCCUCUGCUUUACAGCAACGGGGGUCCUGUGAUAAUGCUUCAGAUUGAAAAUGAAUAUGGAUCAUAUGGAAAUGACAAAGCUUAUCUUCGUAAUCUAGUGAAUAUGGCUACAGGACAUCUGAGGAAUGACAUUAUUCUGUAUACAACAGAUGGAGGCACAAGAGAAACACUUGAGAAAGGAACUGUCCCCUUAUAUGGUGUCUACUCAGCUGUUGACUUCUCUACGGGUGAUGACCCUUGGCCGAUUUUUGAAUUGCAAAAGAAGUUUAAUGCACCAGGAAGAUCACCUCCACUUUCUUCGGAGUUCUAUACUGGCUGGCUUACGCAUUGGGGUGAGAAAAUUGCAAAAACAGAUGCUGAAUUUACGGCAGCUUCCCUUGAAAAGAUAUUGUCCCGAAAUGGUUCUGCUGUGCUAUAUAUGGUGCAUGGAGGAACAAACUUUGGUUUCUACAAUGGAGCGAAUACUGGCUCUGAUGAACUCGACUACAAACCAGAUCUGACUUCCUAUGAUUAUGAUGCUCCCAUCAAGGAGUCUGGUGACAUAGAUAAUCCAAAAUUCCAAGCUCUCCAGAGAGUGAUUAAGAAGUACACUGCUGCACCACGCUCCAUUAUCCCUUCCAAUAAGAAACGGAAAGCGUAUGGACCAAUCAAGAUGCAGAGGACAAUGUCUCUGUUUGAUUUGAUGAGUAUGACAGAUCCUCUAGAUGUGAUCACUUCCCCCAACCCAAUUUCAAUGGAGUCUGCUGGACAGAUGUUCGGGUUUCUUUUAUAUGAAUCUUCCUAUAUUGCCAAAAAGAGUGGGAAUAUACUAAGAAUACCCAAGGUUCAUGACAGAGCUCAAGUGUUUGUUUCAUGCCUUUCUCAAGAUGUGGAUGUGGGAGUACUGAGAUACAUUGGUACAACUGAGAGAUGGAACAACCAACCUGUUUUUAUUCCAACUACUGAGUGUACCUCUAACACUAGCGUAUUUAUUCUGGUUGAAAACAUGGGACGUGUAAAUUACGGGACAUAUAUCUUUGAUGAGAAGGGUAUUCUGUCUCCGGUUUACCUAGAUGGUGAAAUUCUCCGUGGAUGGAAGAUGAUACCAAUUCCUUUCCACAAUUUGAAUCAAAUGCCACAUUUCAGUUUCGAGAUGCAACAUACCAACAAGAGAAGUGAGAAGUUUGAGCUAACUAAUGAAGUGGGUCAAAAGGAACCAGCUCUGUUUGCUGGUGAGUUCACUAUCAACAGUGUAGAAGAAAUCAAAGACACUUAUCUAUCAUUCAAUGGUUGGGGUAAAGGAGUUGCAUUUGUCAAUAAAUUCAACAUCGGAAGAUAUUGGCCGUCUGUUGGACCACAAUGCAACCUCUACGUUCCUGCACCACUACUUAAGCCUGGCAGAAAUUCUGUGGUGAUCUUCGAGUUGGAAUCUCCACAUGUCGACCUUUUGCUGGAGUCAGUGGAUAGGGAAAACUUCACAUGCGGUUCAAAUGAAUACAAAGUCAAUCAGUUGUAGGAGUUCAGUUGUGCAGUGGCCAGCAUAAACUCCUGAUAACAGUCCUGAACUCCUGAUACUCUCCAAUCCGCAUAAACCAACGUUUUCAAACCCGGGCCUGAUCAGGUUAAACCGCGAACCUGAGACCAAUUCGUGUUGGAUUAAUAGAAAAUCCCAGUUAAAGUAGAAUUGGUUAAAACCCUGAAAACCGGCAACACAAUGAACCGGUCAAAUUUAUAUGUUCGUAUUUAAACCAAAAUAUUUGUUAAUAAAAUAAUUAACUUUUCUUCUUUUAAAGUAAAAUAGAGUUGG